AAAAAAAAAAAAAGCAUGGAGACAAAGCAUCUGCCCUGGGUCUGUUCACUCAGUGUGCAAGAGGCUAGUGAAGUGACUUGUGGGUCUUCUGCUUCCAAAGCCACGGUCGCAAAGCCCUGGGUUCAUCCAAUUCUAUGCUUGCUCCAGCCCAUUUUGUUUGUUUGGUUUGUUUUCGCUUGUCUGGGGCCCAUACCCUGGGAGCUCAGGGCUCACUCCUGCUCUGUGCUCAGGGGACCAUAUGGGUGCUGGAAUCCCACCAGGGUCUGCCACAUGCAAGGCAAGUGCCUGCUCACUGUUACGGCCCCUCCAUUACAUGUUGUUUUUUUUUAAAGCUUCCUGCGCUCUUUUUAUUUAUUUAUUUAUUUAUUUAUUUAUUUAUUUAUUUAUUUUGCUUUUUGGUCACACCCAGCGAUGCUCAGGGGUUACUCCUGGUUCUGCACUCAGGAAUUACUCCUGGCAGUGCCUGAGGAACCAUAUGGGGUGCCGGGAAUCGAACCCGGGAACCCGGGUCCGCUGCGGGUUGGCUGUGUGUAAGGCAAACGCCCUACCUGCUGUGCUAUCUCUCCGGCCCCUCCAUUACAUGUUUUUAUCCCCAGUUCAUACCAGGUUGAAGAAAAUGAAUCCCCAGGUACCCCAGAACACCGGAUAGCCACAUCUUCUGUAGGGAAGAACUUGGUCGAGAACACACGUAAACAAGGACAUGGGCUGUAAAUAAAUAUAGGCCAUUUCUUCCUCUUACUGUUCUUUAACUUCUCGUCCUUGGGUGGGGGAAAUGAAUAUCAGAAUCCAAAGACAGCCCACAGACUGGGAGAAAUUAUUUGCCCAUCAUUGGAUGUGCCAAAAACCGUAACAACAAGUCUCUCAAUGAGAGAAGUUACUGGUGCCCGCUCGAACAAAUCGAUGAGCAACGGGAUAACAGUGACACUUAUCCGAUAAAAGGCUAAUAUUCAUGAUAUAUAAAGCACUAAUAGAACUUUGCAAGAAAAAAAUCCAACUCCAUCAAACAGUGGGGAGAAGAGAUGAGCAGAAACUUCCUCAAAUAAGAACUCCAAAUGGAAAAAAGGCAAAUGAAAAAGUACCUUAUAUCACUAAUCAUCAGGGAGAUACAAAUCAAAACAGCAAUGAGAUAUCACCUUACACCAAAGACUCUGGCACUCAUUACAAAGACAAAAACAAUCAGUGUUGGCAUGGAUACAGGGAGAAAGGGUGGAAAUGUUGACUGCUCCAGCCUUCUUGGAAAAGCAAUACGAACAUUGCUCAAUAAACUAGGAAUUUGUUCCCUAUGUUCCCAGGAGCAGAAUUGCUGGGCCAUAGUCCAUAUUCCUUAUUCUGCUCCUAAGAAUAUGCCCUAAUAGCCCCCUAACACAAAAGCCAUCUGCACUCCUACGUUUACUGCAGCACCAUUCACAACAGCCAGAAUCUGGAAACAACACAAGGGUCCAAGAACAGACAAUGGAUAAAGAAAUUAUGGUGCAUCUUCACAAUACUAUCCAGUCAUUAGAAAAAAAAUUAAGUCAUGAAAAAUGGAUGGGCAUGGAGAGUAUCAUGCUGAAUGGAAUGAGUCAGAGGGAGAGGGGCAGCCAUAGAGUGACCGCACUCAUUUUUGAGAUAUUGUUAGGGUCCGCAAUUUGAACACAAGGCAUCCAUAAGGGGUUCAAGGAUUUUAUUAAAGAGAGUUGUUACCAACUGACCUGGCUGUAGAGAAAAGAUUGGGGCACGACCCCCACUAACUUCGGGAAAGGGUUUAUGUGCUCUAAAAAUACAUUGUUCUUUUUCCCUAACUGACCUGUGAGCUGAUUGGUCAGUGCCACCUGUGGGUGCCCCUUUGUUCUAUUCUUUCCAUGCCUGGCCAACCACUAGAUUCCUUCUUUUCACUGAUUGGCUGGCACUCUCAAAAGCAUUGUAAACUUUGUGUGUUCUGUUCCCUUUCCCAAAAUGUGGUCUCGGGCUCCAGCCCAGUUCAGCUGUCAAUUACAUAAUCAUACAGAAUAGCAAAAUGCCUACUAACAACCAAAAUGGCUGCAUGGCCCAGAUGAGAUCCGGAGCAGCCGCGCACGGCACGGCCCCUCUGCUCCUUAAAGACUAUGAUCUGGAGGUCUACUAACCCUUUUUGGCACCCUGCGGCUUCUGAUAGAAAUGCAUCUAGACUGUGAACUGAGCUACAACCCCAUGCCGCCCGGGGAGGGGGAAGGAUUUUCUCUCUCAACGCUUUCUUUCUACAGGGUAGAUAGCAGCGACAGCAGUGGCAGCAGCAAUGCCCACGUGGCGUCCACCAUCUCCUAGAACUCACAACCCAGAGAUACAGAGCUAAUGGGGUGAUGUGAUGAAACAGCAAGACCAGAUUCUACUCCCAGUCUCCGCUGCUGUGUGUGUGGUGUCUGUGUAGCAGCCCCAGGCCGGACUGAUCCCGGAAGAAUGUCGUCUGAAUGUAGAAGGGGAUUGCAUUGAAUCUUUGUGAUUGCUCAGUUUGACAGUACUGAAUGAACUGAUGGAUGCCAGCCAGGCUUUCUGCUGGUUUGGAUGUGCAGACAUUGCACCUGUGGAACUGCAGCACUCCCUGGCUACCUGCUCGCUUCAGCCUGCUGUGGGAUGGAGGAAGAAGAGGGCCACUGUGUGUCCCGGCUCCGGGAGCUCUACAGCAGCUGCGACACCACCGGCACCGGCUUUCUGGACCGGGACGAGCUGACCCAACUCUGCCUGAAGCUGCGUGUGGAGGCACAGCUGCCCCUGCUCCUGCAGACCCUGCUGGGAAGCGGCCGCGCCCGGGUCAACUUCGAGGAGUUCAAGGAAGGUUUUGUGGCAGUGCUGUCAGCAGAUGCUGCUGCUGAGGCCUCGGAGGAAAACACGGGUUCUCAGGAGUCAGCUGCGCCUGGCGCUGUCCCACCCAAGUAUGUGAGAGGCUCCAAGCGGUACGGGCGCCGCAGCCACCCCGAGCCCUGCGACCCUGCGGCCGGAGCCCCGCCCCGGAGCCAGCUGCGCCGUGCCGCGUCCCUGGAAAGUGUGGAGAGCCUCAAGUCGGACGAGGAAGCCGAGAGCCCUAAGGAGCCUCCAGAUGAGCUGUUUGAAGCACAAGGCCAGCUGCCCGCCUGGGGCUCUGAGAAGCCCCGUGGUGCCACCUUGGACCCUGCCGGGAGCCAUGUCUGGGGCCUCUGGGAGCAGCUGGGCGUUGGCCGCAGCGGGCACCUCACCGAGCAGGAGCUGGCCGUGGUGUGCCGGAGCAUCGGGCUCCAGGCCCUGGAGGAGGAGCAACUGCAGGGCCUGUUCAGCCAGCUGGACCAGGACGGGGAUGGCAGGGUGAGCCUGGAGGAACUGCAGCUGGGCCUCAGCCAUGGCAGACCCAGCGGGCCCUGGUCUCAAGCCCAGGUGCUGGAGGAGGGCAGCUGCCACACUGCGACCACAUCGUCCCUGGUGUCCCUGUGCUCGGGCCCCCGGCUCCUCUGCAGCCUCGACGACGGCUCGGGCUUCGCCUUUCCCGAGCAGCUCAUCGCCCUGUGGGCGCAGGAGGGGAUUCCGAAUGGGGCCGAGGUCUUGCAGAGUCUUGACUUCAGCGUGGAUGAGAAGGUGAACCUCUUGGAGCUGGCGUGGGCCCUGGAGAACGAGCUGGGGGCCAUCAGCGGGGCCACUCAGCAGGCGGCUUUGGCGUGCUACCGCCAGGAGCUGAGCUUCCGCCAGGGCCAGGCGGAGCAGAUGGAGAAGGAGCGAGACAAAGCCCGGCAGGACCUGGAGAGAGCUGAGAAGAGGAACCUGGAGUUUGCCAGAGAGAUGGAUGACUGCCACUCGGCUCUGGAGCAGCUCACGGAGAAGAGGGUCAAGUGCCUCGAGCGGGACUUCCGGGAGCGGCUGGUCGCGCUGCGCGCGCGCGCGGAGGAGGAGCGCGAGCUGCAGUGGGAGCGCGCGCGCGCACACACGGCGGCGCUGCAGCGGGGCCUCGAGCAGGCGCGCGCCCGUGAGGCCGGCCUGCGGGACUCGCUGGGCCUGGCCCUGCAGGAGAACAGCCGGCUGCAGAAGGACGUGGCAGAGCUUGCGGAGAAGCUCUCGGAGUCCCGGAGGUUGGUCCGGAGGCUGCAGGAAGACCUGGAGUCGAUGCUGAAGGACAGGCUGGAGCCGCAGAGCCGGGAGCUGCUGGCCCAGGAGGAGCGCUUUGCCGAGAUGCUGCAGGAGUACCAGCGCAAGUGCCGGGAGUUACAGGACCAGAACGACGAGCUGCAGACGGCCCUCGAGGGCCUGCAGGCAAGGCUGCCCCUGAGCCCCCCAGGUCGGCCGCGCACACAGGCGGAUGUGCAGCUGCUCCCUGGACACUGCCCAGAAGCCUUGCCCCUGUGGGUGGGCGAGAGCGUGCCGGCGAGCCUUGGGACGGAGCUCAUGCUGGAGCAGGUGAAGGAGCGUUACCAGGACCUCAAGACCCAGCUGGAGACGCAGGUGAGCCACUACGAGAGGGAAGCGGAGGCGAUGAGGCGGGACUUCGCACAGGAGAGGAAGGAGACAGAGCGGGCAUUCCGGCUCCAGGUCCGGGCGCUGGAGGACCAGAAGGCCGAGCUGGAGGCGCUCCUCCUCGGCCUGCAGGAGCGGCCCUGGGCCGGGCCCCCUCGGGAGCAGUGCUGUGUGCAUGCACGGCCGGACCUGCGGGAGCCGGGGCCACACGGAAGGGAAGAGGUGAAGCUGAACGAGGUCCACUUGUGGCUGGACACCACGCAGGCAACCCCUGGGCACACCGGGCCUCUGCAGCCUGGGCCAGGGAGGCCGACGGGCCUGGAGCGGGAGGCAGAGCCCCUCUCGCACGCCGGGCAGGCCCUGGGGCAGGAGCCCCACAAGCUGGCACUUGGGGAGCAGGUGGAAGGGCUGGCGCAGGACGUCCACGUGCCGCAGGCCCUUCCGAGGGCUGGGCCGGUGGGGGCAGGCAGGAGGGAGUGGCCCCCUGUGCAGCUGGCAGCAAAGGGCAGGCCCAGCGGGGAGCCAGCAGGAUGUGCGGACCCCCUCCUGCCACCCGGGCCCUCUGAGUGCCUGCCCAGGACCAUGCCGGGGGCUUCGGUGCCCGCCGGGCGCUCCUCCCCGAUGGCCCCGUGUGUGGCGGAAGCCGGGGCAGCCCUGGAGGAGCUGGUGCUCUCCACCAAUGGGAGGGAGCACGGGCCUGGGGCGCCAGGAGACGGCCCCCCGGGCGAGGCUGCGCUGGAGCAGGAGCGGGAGCUGGAGGCCGUCGCCCGCGAGAGGCACAGAGUGGAGGUGGAUCGACUUUCUGAAGCAAACACAUUGUUGACCACUGAGCUCGGCAGGCUUCAGGAAGAGCUGCAGGCUGCAGAAAGGACAAGCAGCACCCAGAGGCAGGAAAUCGAGGCCUUAAGGGGAGACAGAGAGAAGGCCUGCUCGGCGCUGGGGGAGCUCCGCAAGCAGAAUCAGAAGUACGAGGCUGGACUGGCCCAGCUCAGCGAGAGGGUCCUGCGGCUGCGGGAGGAGGCAGCUGCACAGCAGGCCCAAAGCGAGAAGGACCAUGCGACCAUUCGGCUGCUGCGGCGGAGGCUGGAGGAGGCCAGGCGGCAGCUGGGACCGCAGGAAGAACAGGAGAAGCAGCUGAGAGCCGCAGAAGCGCGGGCGGAGGAGCUGGGGAUGACCCUGAAGAACGUGGAGGGGCUCCUGCAGGACAGAGUGUGCGAGCUGAGGGAGCAGCUGGCAGGGCGUGGCCGGGCCGAGCUGCUACUGAAGGAGCUGUACGUGGAGAACGCCCGCCUGGCGAAGCAGCUGCAGGCCGCGGAGGAGCAGCAGCGCGGCGCCCAGAGGAGAGCGCAGGCCCUGGAGGAGAAGGUCCGGGCCCUGCACAGGCUGCUCGGCAAGGUCUCGGCCGCCGCACUCGCCGUGUGACGCAGAGUGACCCGGCGGGCCUGGGCGGGAGUGCGGGUCACCCCCUCCCCAGCACCCACAACUGCCCUUGGCAAGCAGCCAGAGAGAGGGGCACCAGGCCGGCGGUGCCUGGGCGAUGGGACCAGCCGGGGAAAUGGAGGAAAUCUUCCUGCCAAGACAAAUGCACUUCGAGCCCAUGUCACUGCUGCGACUCCGGGUGGAGAUGCCCAGUGCUGAGUGUCGCUGACCGACCUUCAGAGAGGUGUCCUGCCUGUGGCCGGGGGAAGCCCCUUCUUCAGGAGGGCUGGGCCGUGCCGGCUCAGGGACGGUCCCGAAGCGAAGGCAAUCCUUAUCUCACUGUACUGUCGUCACACUGGAAACUACCACACUUAGCUAUAUUUUAUAUGUAAACAUGCAUAAAUUAUGGUUAGUGUGUCCAAAGCAAUGUAUAUGGCCACACACUAUUUGCAAUAAAUUCUUUUUUAAAAUUAAAACUGCUUUUAAUAAAACUCCUGUUUUUCAAAAAA